AUGACGAAAGAAACGUACGUCUCAGCCACGGCCGUGGUCUCUGGAUCGUUCCUAUCAGGAUCGAUGAUGGGUCUCUCAGCCUUGGUGAUCCCCGUUUUCCUCGACACGAUCGACGAUGGACCUCAACUGCUACGGCAGUGGGCGCGACUCUACCAUUACGGGAGCAUCGCCAUGCCCUCGCUGUGUGUCGCCACAUGCGGCAUAUACGGGUACGUGGCGUUGAGCAAGAGGGCCGCGAUUUCUCCUCUAUGGUCCCCAUAUGCACUGGCGGCUGUGUCGACAUUAGCCAUGAUACCUUUCACCCUGUGGGUCAUGGUACCGACGAACAAUACCUUGUUCGAAUUGCAUAGGUCGGAGGAAAGCACAGAAUUAGGUAUGGUCCGGGUUCUUGUGGUGAAAUGGGCCUGGUUGCACGUUAUGCGGUCGCUGUAUCCGCUGUUCGGGGCAUUUCUGGGGUUCAGGGCCUUGAUUCGCGAGCUCCGGACUUGA